AUGGCAACAGAGCUCCUCUCGUUCUCCUCCGCUGCCUCUUCCAUUAAGGCGGUCAGGGAAACUAUGAAGCAGAGAGAGAGGCUGGAGGAGAAAUGGGCCCAAACUGGAUGGAGAAUAGAGCAGAAGUAUGGAAACAAGGUGCUGGUAGGAAACUGGGCAGAAGACAGACUCCAGUUCACUCGGGAGCCAAAGACGGCCGAGAGCACCAAUCGCGCAGACUACCGGCCCCACUGGGACUCCAGGCCAGACGCUUCCCAGAGAGGAUGUGCCCUGCUGAGAGCUGAGCAAAGGCCGAUGCACAUUGUCUUCCAGGAGCUUCCAUCCAAGCAGCUGUUUGGCCUUCGCCUUCCAGCAUCCUCUCAUCACUUGGUCACACAGUAUGAAGACAGCUACAGGAGGGAGAGCAACAACACUUUGCCCUCUCUGCAACCCUGGAGUCCAGGAGGCUCCACGAGGUCAGAUCGGCCGAUUCCUGACCCCCCCACCGACUCUGGCUGUCCGCGGUCUGCGAGGCGUCGUUUGGAAAAGCAGCCGUCGCCCCUCCCGUCAGUGACUGUGUACAGGUCAGCCUACCAGAGUCACCCACUUAGCGCCUUCUGCCAGAGCCGCUUUGCCAGGGCCUCCCGUGCGCUCUCCAGCCAUCUCCACGCGACCAAUCACAACAACAAGGACCUGGAUCUGAGGCGUCGCUCGCUGCUGCAAGUCCCCGAUCAUCGUUGA